CACAUUUGCUCAGAUCUCCUUUCAUUGUAAGUAUAGCAAAUUAAAUAAUUAAAAGAAGGUUUGAUUAGACUUAAAUAAAAUCGAUUCCAGAAUGAUAUUUGUUAGUUAAAGAGGUUUAGUUUCAUACAUCGAAGCUUGAAAGCAAGAUCUGGUAAAUUCUCAGUGAUUAGUUAGCUAUGUUUCGGAAGUAUACGUGACAUGUCUCUAUCAAUUAAACUAAACAGUAAUCUACCAGAAGAUCGUUAUUUAGUUUCUUUAUUUUCACAAUUCCCGUAGGUUUCGACAAAACGUCCUAAUCACGAGUGGGUUUUUGCGUAGAUAUUUGAAGUCAGGAUGUAAUAAUCCACGAAACACCAUGAAGUCAUAAAUACCUAUCGAGUAGACUUGUUAUUCUGUUUUCUGAGAUUCUGAGUGACAGGAAGUAUUUAUGAGACAUUUCGCUGGGAAUCCUUUGAUAGUGAACUUAGUCACAUACAUUCCCAUAAAGCAACUAUGGCUUCAAAGUUUCAGAGAGCAGGCAACAUUUAACGUUUCUCGAAACAAACUGCAAUGAUAUGUAAUAUAGGUUUGUUGUGAUUAAAAUUAAAUAUUGGAUACUUGCGAAUAUGAUUCUGAUAAUACUACCAUAGAACCUUUUUCAUUUUCUUAUUGGUUAUACGAAAAGUUUAGAAAUAUAGUUAAUACGUAGUUUAUUGUCUUUAAUUUUAAAAUUCAGCUCUUAUAUGAAGGUUCAGAUUCUUUAUGUUUAUUUCUGUUAACUUAAAUUUAAACACCAAUCCAUUAUUAUUUAUAACUUGAUUUAGAGUCUUUUCUUUACGAAACCUUAUUUUCUAUAAACGUACAAAUCAAAAUAUUAGUAAUUAGAAACCAGAGCACUUCUCUGGUAUCUGUCAAAUUUUAUUUUAAACAUUCACCGUUGAUUAACGAAAAUCGUAGUGUAUUCUAUUUUAAUAAAUCCUGUUUCUAGCCAUUUAAAGGUUUUACCUAUCGCACUGUAAAAACGGAAUUCAGUAACCCACGACUGAUGAUGUCAUAUGAGGUGUAUAGUGGUUCAUAGAAUUUAUCACAAACUGAUCACUUAAUAAUGUACCUAAAGGUUUUAAAUAGUAUACGCGGUUUUAUCGAAAUAUUAUUUAUAAUUAAUCUAAAGUGUCUUCGGAGACAAAACAUUUUUAACUGUUCAAUGUUUGUUGUUCUCAUAUAGAGUGACGAUUAAAUUAUUUAAUCACGGAUCAGAAAAAAAAGAUUAAAACUAGUGGUGGUCUACAUAUAUGAUAAAUUAGAAUAAUAUAAAAUGGCAUAAGAUUUACUAACUGACUUUAUUGCAAUCGCUGAAAUAAUUAAUUUUCAUUUGUUUAAAAUAAUCCUAGGUUUGAAGCCAAUGUUUAUUUAAGCAUAAUUUACUAUAAUUAAAAACAAUUAAUAAUUACAAAAACCAAGCAUACCGUUUUCUAGUUAAUACUAUUGUUUUAUAUAUUUUGAGCUGACGUCAAAAGAUAUAAUUCAUUUCUACCAAAAUUAACCAAUUCAGAGUCUUGGUAUGUACUUACCGUAUAUUUUUAAGCUCACUCUAUGCAGGUUUUCUAACCGAUAACUAUCAAUGUUGUGACAUUAACUUGAAUGAUUUCUCCGUCUAGUUCCAGUUAGUAGGUUAAUUGCCUGGUCAUUAAUCUUUUAAAAAUCAACAGAACUGUAUGAUGUUGAAAUAAACAAUUUUUUAAAUUAAGAUCUUAUUAAUAAUAACAUUAGCUUUCAUUAGCCCUUUCAUUUUUAAAACAACAUAGAUAUUUGACAUAAAUAGGGUUUAGUUUUUCUCAUUAAAUUAUUUGACUUUUAAAAACUAGAUAUUUUUCCAAGAAGGGAUAUACUACAAAAUACCGUUUAAGUGAAACGCCAUUUAAAGUUUGAAGACGAAUGAUACACUUUUCGUAGUAACUAAAGAAUUCUACUAACCGCUUGUUAUAUCCCAAGUGAUAUUAAUUUACUGUGGAUGGCCUAAAUUUGUAGGGUUUUAAAUAAUUUACAAGCAAAAGCCGAAAAGAUUUACGCUGAAAAGCUUAAUCUAACUUUAAAAACCUGACAGCAAUUUAAUUUCUUUUAAUAUAACAUUGAAGAAUAUGACUUUCCUUAAAAUCUACUGAAUUAGGUUUUCUCGUCAGCAACUAUAAAUUCGAUGUCCGUAGAAAGUGAGGUUUGAAAAUACGCAGUUGGUAAAUUUUUAGUAAUUACAUACACAAUGCCAAAAAACCUUUAUCUAAUUAUUUCCUUUAAAUAUCAAUAAAAAUUAAACGGUUGAAUGACAAAUCGACAUUGUAAACAAAUGUAUACAUUUCAUUUUCCAAUGGAAGGAUUCCAACCAAGAUAACGUAAUCAACAACAUAGGCGUUUUACGUGGAAUGAUUCCCCAGCCAUCCUCAUCAAUUUCGUCUUCACCUGUAGCCGUUUAUAUAAAAAAUAAUAAUUUGGAUUCACUCCCACUAACGAAAGUCAUCAAAAGUAGGGCGAUAACAAAACCUCUUCAAAGGAAAAAUGGAAACAUAUUCAACUUUCAAGCACACAGGAAUACUGUGUUAUGUAAUCGAAAGUUGAACCAAGAGAAUCCUGGACCGAUUCGUCUCAAUGAUAAACGUAAAAAACAUGUGACAGUUUUAGGUCCAGAGUACAUUACAAUCUAUGAGUUAUCUAACAAACUGGAAACCAAUACUUCUGAGGUAAGUUUACAUGAGAAUACACGCAUAACUGAAUUUACUAACAAGUAUCAACACGGAAAGAACAGUUCAACAUCUAAUUUUAAUUCCGGUUCAAAUAUAAAAGAUAUUACAGAAGAAAUCGAUAAUAAAGAUGAAAAUUCUUUAAAUCAUUUGAUUAAAAACAACGUAAAUAAUAAAGAUGGUUUACAUGUUAGUCCACGUGACAGGUGUGAUACAAUGAACCUUCACCAAAUGAAUAAUCAACACUCAACAUACAACGAAAACAGAAAAAAACUAAGAGUUCAGUUGGAAGCAAUUUUUAGCAAAGUAACUGGAAAACAUUUAAAUACCAUGUUAAAGGAAGAAAAUAACGACAAAGUAAUUACUAAUUAUAAAAGUUCCAAAAAUAAUGAACAGAAGGGACGACCACAACACUGUGAGAACUAUCUUACUAGUAAUCUUUUAUAUCAUGGGAAGAUAACUGAUUCCAAGUCAAUGAAAAACCGUAGUUUUAACAAUAAUGAAUCAAACUACAAUCAACGUGAAAACUUAGGAAUGUUUUCUACACAAAUUACCAAAGUUGUUAAUGAACUAAGAGAACUUCUAUGUGGAACCUGGCCGUUGAAAUCCAGUCACAUGUUAGAUGUACAAAAAUUUGUAUGCCAGAAAAGUUUGGAGUAUAAACAAGAACACAAUGAGCUAUCAGCUUAUCAAAAAAGUCGACAAAACCAAAUCUUAUCGUUAAGAGAAAAAAAUGACAAGUUUAGAGAUAGUACAAAAUUGUCCAUACCAUUUGAAAAUUCAAUCGUAAAUUUAAACCGUCCAUUUUCCACAGAACUAGGAAACUCAGAUUUGUCCUCAAUAGUUAGCGCUGGUUCUGAAGACAAUCUAUCUUUCGAGAACAUAAAAAAGUCUGCAGAAAAACAGUUAAAUAGCAUUCUGCAGAAGCGAGGAGAUAUGAAUGACACAAGACCAGUUUCAGCCUCAUCAUGCCUUUAUCCUAAUAAAACCAGUAUUUUAGAACAUCAUCCAACAAAUAAGUUUUUACCAAGUCACGGUUGUGGUUUUUUUCUUAGCAAACCCCAAAACCAAAAUAGGGAUAAAACUGAACCCGAACAUAACGUUGUAAUUGCUUCCUUGAAUACAUCAAGCAAUAAACCAAAUGAAUUUAUAUACCAAACCAAUCAUUAUAAUUCGGAUGCGACUUUCGAUUUGACGGUUCUAGACUCAUAUAAUAAGUUAAACAAAACAUCUAACCAUUUCAAUUCAUAUUUGCCAGGAAUACAGAAUAUUUCAAAACAAAAACGGUUAGUAGAUAUUCCAACUUCUCCCAUUGAUGAGGUUCACAAUACAAAUUAUUCUACGUCUGAAAUCCCUUUUGCUCUACCUAAUCAAGACUUAUUAGAGUUAAAAAAUAAUAAAAUAGAUGAUACAAAAUCAAAACAUAGGAGUCUCAUUGAGUUUCGAAAGUGGAAUAAUUCUAGGAGACUAUCGGACGCUUCAUUCGACAUAGACGUUAAUGGUUUCGCUGAUGGUUACACAAACCACAGAAACCAUAAUAUCAAAUGUGCUGCAAAUAACCUAAAAAGGUACGUUUAUGAUGAUCGUUUGUCUUCAUUUUUUGAUUAUAUUUACGUCCCUGGAAAUAAUUCUCAGCUGAAGUUCAAGGAAAAAGAUAGACAAGAGACGUUUAUCGAAUUGAGGCGGUCUAGGACUGCUUCACCUGACGUUUAUUCAAACAAAUUCAGUACCUUAAAUGAAAAUAAUUCUCAAACGAACUCAAAUGAAUGUAAUCAGAUAUCGAAUUUUACCCUACCAAGAUUUUUCAUAGAAUCAGAUCUAAAAAGUAAUAGAAUAAUUCCCUCUAAUUUCCGUAAUGAUUAUCUUGAACGGUUUUUCCGUCCAUCUAAAGAAAACCUUAUUUCAAGUAGACUAGAUACUCUGAAUUUAUCAUCAAGAAGAUGUAAUCAAAGAAGGUGGCGAACUAUAAAUCAGAAAUAUUCGAAACGUCAAGAAUGUGAGUUUCGCUUGUUUAUUGAAUAUAUAUUUAUAUGUAACGUAACUAAAUGCUUCUGACUCAAAUAGGUGGAUAACAUGUAACAAUAUUAAGACAUUUAAUCGUUUGAUCAAAACAGAAUUUGGAUUUCAAAAUGUUUCUAAGGUUCACUAAGAGAGUUAUGGAAUCACCUAAUUAAUCUUGAAGAUACGAAAUUAUGUUUUCGAGUAAAUGAAUUAAAUCUAUCCGAAAAACCUAAAGAAACUAGUACGCCUUGAUGUUGUAGAUGUGAGACGUAGAUCGAAAGAUAGGGUGAACCUUGCUGAGUGAGCAGAUCAUAACAAGUAAAUGUUAACAAAGACUGUAUAGUUUAGUUCUCAGUAUAGCGAAUAAAAUUGUGAGUGACCAAAUGUCUAAUGUCUUAAGCAAAUAGUGCUAUAUUCAAUUUUCAGUCCGAGCAUCAUAACAGUGGGAUAUUCAUAAGACCAGACAACUGGUGAUAGUCAAGUUUGAACUAUAUAUUAUAUAUAUACGUAUUAGUUUGUUAACUAUCAUUUGAUAGCCAUCAUCGUGUAAAUUUUUUAGAGUUUAAGAUAAUCUUUGAACUAUAAAAUUAGUUAAUAAAUUUAAUCACUUACACCAUAAUGAAACAUUCGAGUUUAUUUUACCGACUAAAAUAAAAGUAUAGAGUUCUCUCAUCAAUAAUUCUGUAAGUAAAGCUGGUUAUUAAUGAAAUAAAAAAAUUGUUUUUAGUGAUCACUGAGUCAUGAAUCAUCUUGAACGUAUUAUUUUGUGAGUUAAACUAUGCUUCUUUCAGCACACAUUUUUUAUUGGUAUUACUCCACUUUUGAGUAUAUUUAUUCACAGUGACUUUGCAGUUUUAUUUGAUUUCAAAUAGGCAUAGUUUGUAUGUAUUGAUAUAUGGGGAUACCCAUCAAUAUUUUAUCUAUUU